GAGUUUUUCGGUAUUUCCCUGUCCCAUUUUGGUAGAAAUACCGAAAAAUCGGUAUGUUCGGCAACACUGAGUACAGCUGUCAAGGACCACUUGUUUUUAUUUUUAUUUAAUUUGUGAUAUUUGAAGGUGGCUAGUGGUUGAGGUUAUCUUCCAAAAAUCGGCUAAUAAUUUACUUUUUCUAUUUAUAUUUGGUGGGCCAAGUUUAGCUAUUUUGUGUCACCUUUUAUCUCAUUAUUUGUGAAAUGGUGUUGAAGUAUUAUUAUGACUUGUUGUCACAGCCCUCCAGGGCUGUUUAUAUUUUCUUGAAGAUGAAUAAAAUACCAUUCGAACCUGUUCCAGUAAAGGUGGGAGAAGGUGAACACCUUACUGAAGAAUUUAGAGAGAAACACUCAAAGUUCCAGAAAGUUCCCUUUAUUCACCAUGAUGAUUUCAGGCUUACUGAAAGCGUAGCAAUAGUGAGGUACUUAGCCCGCGAAUAUCAGGUAAAAGAGCACUGGUACCCCAAGGAGGUCAGACCACAAGCACGGGUUGAUGAGUACUUGGAGUGGAACCACUUAAACAUUAGGUUAGGUUGUGCGAAGUACUUCUUUGAUAAGGUGAUGCAUCCAAUGAUGACUGGUAAACCUCCGUCAGAUGAGCUUGUGAAAAAGAAUUUGAAAGCAAUGGAAAAAUCGCUGACAGAUUUUGAGAGAAUAUUUUUGUCUAGUGAAGCUCCCUUCAUUACCGGCACAGAGAUAUCAUUUGCUGAUUUACAAGCUGCUUGUGAAAUUGAACAACCAAGGUUGGCUGGCUAUCAACCUAGGGAUCAUUUCCCCAAAAUUAGAACGUGGUUGGGAAACGUGAGAAGUGAAUGUCAACCAUAUUAUGAUGAAGCGCAUAAACCACUUGAAGCUUGGCUGAAGGUUUCCCAGAAAAAAGCUGCUACUGCAAAACUUUAAAACCGCAGGUUUUCACUUGUACUACUCCCAUGUGACAGUGAAUUUCUAUUUUAUUAAUAUUUUUUUUUUAAAUAUCAGACAUUUAUACAUGUUGGUGUCCAGGUUGAAAACUAUUUAAAACAUAAUGGAUAUGUGAUUUUUUUUAUUUUUAUAAGAUACCUGAGUCUUGCAUUUCAAAUUUAUUAAAUAAGAUUACAGCGAACCAUGUGAAUAUUAUUUAAAGUAGAUGUAGAUGACACUAGUUAGCUUUCCUAAUAUAUGCAGUUUCAUCCAAAUCAACCAUACAUUUUUUUCGAAGCAUAUGAAACAAAUAAAAUAUGAAAGUAGUAUCCACUCUAAAACCUACGAAAGUAUGUUGCUUCAAGUAUUGGAGUCAGUAGACAGUAUAUAGGGUAUUUUGAAAGUCGGGACUUUUCAGAAGCUAUUACGUUCGAAAUAUCAAAGCUAAUUUGCAGUAAAAUGUAAAAAUGGAGGUGAAAAAAAUUUAAAAUUACGAGUUUGUUUACCUUUUUCUAAAUUUGUAACAUUUGGAGCUGAUGUCUAGGUCUUCUACUAUGUACACCCAACUGGCUUUUGUACGAUAAAACAAACCACCGAGGUCGACGUUGUGACUAACUUGACUAAGCUCACGGAGUAUCAAUAGGAUCUUGAAGAUCCUCUCAGUAAACUAACAUAUCGAUAACUACGUUAUUGUUCUAGCCAAUUUGGUUUUUUAAAUGCGACUAGCAAGUCAACAUGUUAACCUAUACCUAGUGUGGAUACUGACUUACAUUGUACCACAAAACAUCAUACCUUUUCACUGAGGAGGAGAAAAAGGGGAGGACCGUACAGUAAUGGGCAAAAGUAUAUAGACAAAUUAAUAUUGUGCUGUAUUUAUUUUUUAACUUGUUUUAUUAAUACACCAACCUUUAUACAUAAUUAAAUCUGUCUCUAAAGCGGCAAAAAGUUCAUCCUUGUUUCGUAUUUGCCUAAGUAUUCGCAUAGAUCUUCAAUGGGGUUUAUAUCGGAAGACUGUGAAGGCCGUUUGAGAACUGGUAUUUGUUCAUCCAGAAAGAAUUUCUUUGCGAGAUUUGAAGUGUGCUUCGGGUCAUUAUCUUGCUGGAAGAUUGAUCUUAAGGGCAUAUUGUCUUCCAUAUAGGGUAACAUGACAUGCUUUAGUAUGUCUGUGUAUACAAACUUAUCCAUAAUGCCAUCUAUUCUAUGUAAAGGUCCCAUCCCAAACCCCGAAAAGCACCCCCAAACCAUAACAGACCCGCCUCCAUGUUUGACAGUGGGCAAAGUGUACUUGGGGUUCAAUAUUUGUCCACUAGGACGUCUAAUGUAAUGAACACCAUCUGAUCAUAUUGAACUUGGAUUCGUCACUGAAACAUACCUUCUUCCAGUCACAAAUGCUGCAAUAAAGAUACAACCGUGCAAAUUGUAAUCGGUCCUUACGGUUUUCC